UGCUGAUUGUAAUAUUGGUAGUGACACCCCAUUAGAUAUAUCUGAGAAAGCAAAUACAAUAGUAUCUAAUAUGCAAUAUGUUACCCGCCAAAUCCAAAAACGAAACAAGAACUGGAAGACCUAAUGGCCGACAUCAAGAAAACUGCCAAUAAAGUCCGAGCCAAGCUAAAGGUUAUAGAACAAAAUAUAGAACAAGAAGAACAAAGUAACAAAUCUUCGGCGGACCUGAGGAUACGAAAAACACAACAUUCGACGUUAUCCAGGAAAUUCGUAGAAGUUAUGACGGAAUAUAACCGGACACAAACGGAUUACAGAGAGAGGUGUAAAGGGAGGAUACAGAGGCAGUUGGAAAUAACCGGUAGACAAACAACCAAUGAGGAAUUAGAAGAAAUGUUAGAACAAGGAAAUCCAGCAGUGUUCACUCAAGGCAUAAUAAUGGAAACGCAACAAGCGAAACAAACAUUAGCCGAUAUCGAAGCGCGGCACUCCGAUAUCAUCAAGUUAGAAAAUUCAAUUAGAGAAUUGCACGACAUGUUUAUGGACAUGGCAAUGCUGGUGGAGAAUCAGGGUGAAAUGAUAGAUCGGAUUGAGUACCAUGUAGAGCAUGCCGUGGAUUACGUACAAACGGCAACUCAAGAUACCAAAAAAGCUUUAAGAUAUCAAAGCCGUGCCAGACGGAAGAAAAUUAUGAUUUUAAUCUGUCUUACAAUCUUGGCAAUUAUUAUCACAUGUACCAUUGGAGGAUAUCUUGGAUUGGUGUAAAAGUAUGAACAUUUAUUCAGCUGUUCCAAUAAUCGUCGUGAACUUAGCUUAGCAAGAGAUCGUUUUUUGUUCAAGAAGAAGAAAUAUUGUACAUUUCAUUUAACUUUAAUUGUAGGUAUUAGAUAAGCUGUAAAAUAGUGAGCUAUUUAUAUUUUGGGUGAUUUGAAUCGCAAAACUGUUUGCUAUAGCAAUAAUAAAGUUUAUGUUUUACGACGUGUGAUAUUUGACUUUUCCAUUAUAAUUUUAACUUGAAAAAAAUGUAUUUGUGUAUUACUGUACAAAAUAUAUUGAGGUAUUCUGAAUCACAGAAAAAUUAUUUUUCGGCAUGUUAGAAAUUUACAAGUGUCGUUUUUCUUGAGAAAAUUGUUUAUAUCUAUUACCCUAUUUGAGGGUAUGUAAUUAAUUCUGUAAAAUAAUUUAAAAUUUAAAAUGGAUACUAAGAAAUUCUACUGAUAUAUAGAAUGUUUAGGAAUUAUAGGGAUAGGAUUUUAGUAGACAGAGUUGUUCUUAUUUAGAGGAGAUUGCACAAUCAGUAGUGUAUUUGAGGGGCCUAAGUGAUUCACUUGCAGACAGUACCUUUUUAUAUACCUGCAUAUCUAACAAAUCAUAAACCUUUCAUCUCAUUCAAUCAUUUAGAGAUCAUUACGAUUUCGGUACUGUCAUUUUUGCACUCGUAGUGUACAGAUUUGGAACAUAGAUGGUGGGAAUGUGCCAGUUCAAUUAUGUUGUACGAUUAUACUGCAAAACAUAAUGGGUUUAAAGAAUUAAAUAACUACCAAAUUUGAACUGGUAUAUUCACAACAGUAAUAUCACUUUUCCUAUGUCUUCCGCCAGUAUUAAAAUAUUUGCAAAAUGACCCAUAUUAUUUUUUAUUAAAUUAUGUUAUUCAUGUGAGUAGGCUUUCAAAGAUCUCUAUGGUGAAGAACAUACCUUGUCUAUUGUCAUUUUCAAAAGAUAUUUGUGUAUGUAGACUUUUAUACUCAAUUUUCAAUUUUGCGUAUUAUCCGCAGGAUUCGUUAUAUGUUGGAAUAGUGUUUUGAAAUACAGAACAGUUCAAAAUUAAGUAAAAUAUGUAAUAAAAAUCUAUUGUGUGUCUACUGAAUAAGUAAAUACAAAGACCCUGGUUUCUUUUCGUGUUUUGUUGAAUCAGAAAAUUAUGAUCAGUUCAAUAUUUUAUAUGAUUAAUUCCUUUCAUUUAGAAUUUUCCAUUCCAGCUACUUUAAAAAAUAUUAAAGGACUCCAUGAUGUCCUGUUUGUAUAUUCUAUAAGUACUACUUGUCCUUUACAAACAAAUUUUAAUUAUGAUAUUCAUAUCACCAAAUUAUUUUAUUUCAAACUGAAAUACAUACUUGACUGUUCUAUAUAUCAUAAACCUAACAACAAAAUAAAAAAAAUUCAAAUUGUAAGUGUCAAUUCAACUGAAAUAUUCAACAUAAUUACUAAAUUUGUUGUAUCUAUAAAUUUUUGCAUCACAUAAUGUUGAUGCAGAGAAGUGAGAUUUGAGUAGAGUACUUUUCAUAUAAGUAGUUAUUCUUCGAAUAUACCAAUGGUGUUGUAGUUGUAGGCUAGUUUGAAAAAUAUGUGGUGUUCCGCAUUUAUGUAAGUUGAAAACUUAACAUAUAUUUAUUUAUACCGUUUGACAGCAAUUCACACUGUACAAACUGAUAGCAAUAUAUUUAUAAUAUCUCCCCUAUCAUCAUAAAGUUUUAAAUUCAUGUGGAUACUUUUUGUCUAUAUUCCAGAAAUACUUAUAUCACAGUAAAAACAUAUUUUAGAAAAGUCAAUACUAAUUAUUGUUGACCUUGAGUUUAGUUCACUGAUGCAUGUGUAUAUAUUAGUUAGUACAUUCGAACUGAUGAACAGUGAAUGGAAUGGGAUAGUUCUAUAUAUAUUUUCUUAUUAAACUCGUUUUCAUUCACUGCAGUUCUAAGAUAGGGGAGGAGCACAUUGUGAUUAUUAGAUGUAUUUUCUUUUUGAAUUGAGAGUACAUACCAAAGCAGUGAUGCUUGGGUAAUGUUUUAAUAAUUAUUUACUAUUUGUUUACACGUUAUUAACUAACAAAAAGUAAGACAUAUUCAACAUAUGAAUAAUAAUGUUCUAAAAAUAGUUGAGGAAAUUCAAAAAUCUAUUUAUUUGUGAAUGUUGGGUAGUGAAUUCAAGUUGUACACAUGAAUAAAUGAAUGCUUAUAACAC